AUGCCAAGAUCAAAUCCAAUACCUCCAAUAUGUGGUUGCGGAUUGAGUACCAUUGUGAAAACGUCAUGGACUCCACGGAAUCCAGGUCGAAGAUAUGCGGAAUGCCCGCUUGCUCAGGGAUGCAAGUAUUGGAAAUGGAUAGAUGAAGAAAUGUGUCCGCGUUCAGUGGAGAUUAUGCCUGGGUUGCUUUGGCGAAUCAAUCAAAUGGAGAAACAACUCAAAAAUGCCAAAGAGUCUGCACAAAAGUGGGAGUGCAAAGCAGCAAAAUUGCAGACAAAGGUUCGAAGGUUGGAAAUUAUGGUGCAACGAUAUGCAUCAAGGGAAAGGAAGUUUGCUGCAACUCUUGCAAUCACCUACGGCUUUGUGUUAGUAGGAUUUGCAGUCGGGUGGUUGGAAAUUUAG